GAUCUCACGGUGACUGUUGCCUCCGAGUUCCCUUAUACAGAAGUGGAAGUCGUGGAGGACUUUGAGAGUAGACACAUGGUCAACAAACAGUCAUUCGUGGAUGAGCAAGAGUGGCAUCUGUACGCUCAUACGGAGUGUAUAAGACGAGAACUGAUGAUCGACCAGUUUGAUCCAAGCGCUCGACGUUCGGCAAUUUCCGUCAAAAGCCGAGCGGCCAGACGCCCCGGUUACUUUAUCUGGAAUAUUUUUAUGGUUACUUUUCUUAUUUGCAGCUUGUCAUUCGCCACCUUCUCUGUAGACAAGGCAUUACCACAGAACCGCCUCCAACUCUCCUUCACACUAGUACUAACCGCCGUUGCUUUUAAGUCAGUUGUCAAUCAAAGCUUACCUAGGAUAUCGUAUUUAACGUAUAUGGACAAAUACAUGUUAGCUUCUAUGAUCAUGUUGUCAGCGGUUUGCACAUGGCAUGGUAUCGUCACAACAAUACUCAGCAACCGCAGCUCGGCAGAUUUCAUAGAGAACAUCGUCCUGAUCUGUCUAGGAGUCGUCUAUGUGGUGUACAACAUUGGCUUCUGUAUCAUGAUUUAUCUGUUUCCCUGCAAGAAAAGACGGAUAAUGGCCCAAAAAGACAGAGAGCACUAUAAA